CGAUUGAUCGAUGAAUUUAUUGUUUUGAUGUAAUAUUUCCGAGUUUGCUUCCUCUCCUUUGUGUAUCAGCCCACAAACUGCCGAACUAGGUCAUCAGCGCUUGAAAGUCGUUGUUCCGCGUCAAGAUUGUCGCAGCCAAAGGCUGACAGGCCAAUUAUGUAGCUUGCAAAUCCGGUCUUAAAAGAGGAAGCGGUUCUACCUACGCGCGUUCGUAUGAAUCGCUGUCACACUUUUCAUUGGAUCUCAAGAAUGGUGGCUAUUACCGAUUCUGUUAGUUGUGGUUUGGAAUGAUAUGUGAUUACUGCAGUAUAUCAUGCCCAUAUCUGAGUAUGAAAACAAUUUAACCGCCGCAAAAUGGAAGGGAUUGUUUGUACCCGCGCUCAGAAAGGUCCAAUCGCAGGUUCACCCGUCGCUGAAAGUUCACGACGAAGCGCUGGAGUACAUCGAAUCUUUGAUAGUCCAGCUCCUGAAUCACCUGUGUGCUUGCCAGCCUCGUUCAGUGGCGGAUGUUGAAGAACGGGUUAGAAGCACAUUCCCUCAUCCGAUCGAUAAAUGGGCAAUCGGUGAUGCGCAGGCCGCCGUUGAAAAGGGAAAGAAAAAAAGCCCAGUAGUGUUACCGGCGGAUAAAGUUCACCCCAUCAUCAUGAAGGAUAUUCUGGGAUUCAAGGUGGAAUUCCAAGUGAGCCUAUACAUUGUAGCUGUUAUGGAAUACAUAUCUGCUGAUAUCUUGAAGCUGGCCGGCAACUACGUGAAGAACAUCAGACAUGUUGAAAUCACAUGCCAGGACAUCAAGGUGGCACUGUUUGCUGACAAGGUUUUGAUGGACAUGUUCCACCCAGAUGAUGUUGAGACAUCGGUUGAAGCAGAGACGCUGAGCAGUCAAGGUGCUUUGACCUAUGACGAAGUUGUGCGGGAAAUGAUGCUUGCUGAGGGCCAGUACAUCAGAGAUUUAAAUAUGAUUAUCAAGGUUUUCAGAGCACCUUUUGUGGAGGCAAAGGACCUUUUCACCCAUGAGGAUAUUGGAAGGGUUUUCAGCAAUAUCAUUGAUAUCUAUGAGUUCUCUGUGACGUUUCUGGGUUUGUUGGAGGCAGCUAUUGAAGUAGCAGAUGAAGGCAAACAGCCAGCGAUUGGAGAAUGCUUUGAAGAGAUGGCUGAGGGUGCUGAGUUUGAAGUUUACGAGACAUACGCCAGGGAGCAGACUGCUUCAGUUAGCAAACAGUACAGGCAUCUUGGUAUCGGAGGGAAAUUGUCAGAGUUAUUAUUAAGAACUCCUGUCAAUGAAUACUUCAAGGCCAAAGGCCCAGGUUUCAAAGAAGCUGUUCAGUAUUGUCUACCCAAGCUGCUAAUGAUGCCUAUCUAUCAUUGCUUACACUACUUUGAUCUUAUUAAGUUGUUGCUUAGAACAUCACCAGAUGAAGAUGAUAUUGAAAGCUUAGAGCAGGCUCAGAGUGCACUGAGACCACUACAGACAGAGAUGGAGAGAAUUGUCCAAUCCUCCGGAAGUCUGGCAAAGAAAAGAGAGGACAAGUUCACGAGAGCGCAAAAGAGGAAAUCAGGAGCAUUCCGUUCAGCAGCAGUGAUCAUGAAUGAACUGCAAAGGAACAUUGAUGGAUGGGAGGGGAGAGAUAUUUCACAGUCAUGUACAGAAGUAAUGAAAGAGGGAAUCCUUGGUAAAGUUCAUCCCAACAAAAGGGACACUGAAAGAUAUGUUUUUCUUCUUGAUGGCCUGCUGAUUUGCUGCAAACAGAAUACAAGGCAUUCACUAACUGGUCCUUCACCAGAAUACAGACUUAAAGAAAAGUACUUUUUAAGAAAGAUUGAAAUUAACAACCUUGAUGACACAGAAGAUGUAAAGAAUGCUUUUGAGAUCGUUGACAGAGAUCAGCCAAAAGCUGUCUUCACUUGCAAGACGGAGGAGGACAAGAAUGAAUGGAUGUCAGUGCUAAUGACAAUCUACAUGAGAAGCACACUAGACCGAAUGUUGGAUCACCUUCUUUUAGAAGAAGAGAAAGCCAUCCCUCUAAGAAUGCCCGGUCCAGAGGAAUACUGUUUUGCUGUUGACGAUGCUGAAGACAAUAUUGUGUUUGAGGAAGGACAAGGGAGCUCAAGUAAUGCUCCAGUUAUAAAAGGUGGAGCUCUAAUAAAAUUGAUUGAAAGACUGACACAUCACAAGUAUGCAGAUCCAACUUUCGUGAGAACGUUCCUGACGACGUACAGAUCGUUCUGCAAGCCAAGGGAGCUCUUGGACUAUUUGAUCCAAAGGUUUGACAUACCAGAGCCUCCCCCGAGCGAGCUUGAUGAACUUGCUAUGGCCAGGGGGGAGCCUGUUGUCCGUGAAGACCUCAAGAGAUUUAGAAAGGAAUAUGCUCAACCUGUGCAACUGAGAGUUCUGAAUGUUGUGCGACAUUGGGUGGACAAUCACUGCUACGAUUUCGAGCGUGAUUCGGAGUUGUUGACGAAACUCAGUCUGUUCCUGGAGGGAGUCAAAGGCAAGGCAAUGAGACGCUGGGUGGAGUCAAUUAACAAAGUUAUUUCCAGAAAGACAACCAACAGAGAAAGUUUAGCUCCUGAAAUUACAUUUGAGAAGGAGCCGCCGCCGAUUGAGUGGCACAUAGCAGCUUGUAAUGACAUCGAACGGUUCGACAUACUCACGCUGCACCCAAUCGAGAUUGCACGGCAGCUGACUCUCAUCGAGUCAGAGUUGUACAGAGCGGUGCGUCCUUCAGAACUUGUGGGGAGCGUGUGGACGAAGGAAGACAUAAAGCAUCUCACAUCACCGAACCUACUGAGAAUGAUUCAUCAUACAAACAAGAUCACGGUCUGGUUUGAGAAAAGUAUGCUGGAGUUCCCGAACUUAGAAGAAAGAGUAGCAGUUUUAAACAGAGUUAUCGAUAUUCUAACAGUUUUCCAAGAAUUAAACAAUUUCAAUGGUAUUUUAGAAGUAGUUAGUGCAAUCAAUUCGUCGCCUGUUUUUAGACUUCAACACACCUUUGCGGAGUUAUCCGUUCGACGGAGCCAGGCUCUGGAAGAGGCGAAAGAGCUUAGCAACUAUCAUUACAAGAAGUACAUUGAGAAGUUACGCUCGAUCAAUCCACCGUGUGUUCCCUUCUUCGGUAUGUACUUAACAAAUAUCCUGAAGACAGAGGAAGGCAAUCCUGAUUUUCUACCCAAUUAUCCUGAGGGGAUCAUAAACUUUAGUAAAAGGAGAAAAGUGGCAGAAAUAACUGGUGAAAUCCAGCAGUAUCAAAACCAGCCUUAUUGUCUCCAGAAAGAACAUUUUAUCGCGGAAUAUCUAGAAUCAUUGGAUCCGUUUGAAGGACGCAGUGAUACCGAGAUGGAAGAUUAUUUGUAUCAACUUUCUCUGGAGAUUGAGCCGCGAAACUGCAAACAGCUGGUUAAACACCCUCGAAAAACGGACAUUUCGCUCAAGUCACCAGGAACUAAACCCAGCUAUCUGCAGUCCCGCCUGUCAAUCACAUCACAAACUACCUUGAAACGGAGCACCUCUCAAGCGUCCGCCAUUUUCUUACCUGACAGUGACAUGUUUCCUUCAACUACGUCAUUAUCUCCGAGUACGCCGAGGACUUCGUUAUCCUCCAUGACUUUCCUGCCUCCCGACAAUGUCUCGGAAACGAUUCCCGAAUCUCCGUUGUUGGAAGAUUCAGAGCCUGAUUACGUCAACAUCGAGAACUUUCCGGAGAAGGAACCUCCACCCGACAUACCCCCUCGGAAACCGUCAGCUCAGUCGAAGCCUCGGGCGGCUUCCGUUAACGGGGAGAGGUCUUCCGAAGAUGUUACUUCGCCUGUCCACCGGCAAAUGUCGAUGACUCUUCCGGGUGUGCCUCGAAUACCUCCGAAGUCAGUGACAUUAGAGAGGUUUCCGAAUCCUGCUCAAGAGAGCGACGAUGCGCCUCCAAUUCCCCCUAGGGAGAAGGGGACUCGUCGAUCUCCACCUCCCAUUCCCCCUAGGAUACCCUCAGGCCAUGAACCUGUGUUCGCUAAUGAGGAAUUAGCCAAUCACGAGGACGCUCUUCCACCGGCUUUGCCGCCAAAAUCAAGGCGUUCAUGACACUCAUGAGAUGUCGUGACCAAUCACUGCGUGACAAAAAGACUAAAAGGCUAAAAGACUUCCAUUGUAUGGAGUGCCAUUGUAUGGAAAGUAAAUUUGUUUUAAAAAUUGAUUUUAAAACGUAGCUAUAAAUGGCGCGAUUCAUCCCAAGGAAUAUAGUCCUGAUUUUGCUCAGGAGUAGAAUUAUAUAUCUUGCAAAUACAAGGAUAUUUUUUUUUCCGUUUUCGAGAAUAGUGGACUAUGUAACACGUGUACUGAAACAUGAAACAAUUGAACAAUUUUGAAAUCGAGUAGCAGUCAACAAGCUAGCCUGGAUGUUGAUGGAGGCCUGGUACGAGUACUAAUAAAAUGGCAAUAAUUUUACGUUCCUGGUGAACAUCGAAGUUGUGGGUAGGGAGGGUGGGUGUUUUGAGUAUAAAUACAAAUGUGUUCCUGAGGGCAUGCCCCACAAUUAAUCGAUGAGACAAACGCUUCGUUGCGGGAAUCGUUUAAUAAAUUUUGCUUUAUUGCCGAGAGAAACUCGAAGUAAACUGUAAUUCCUAGAAAUAUCAAAUGUUUUUUUAAUGUCCCUCUGAAAAUAAAGAUAAUUCAAUUCCUAGCAGUUUCA